GAGGCGGGUUUCCCUCUCUCGCCGAAGGUUAUCGCCAGGGGGCGUGGUUUUGUCCGUGACCCCGCCCCGAAGGUGGUCUGGGGCUGGUAAAUAGGGGCCGCACGUGCCGCGCUUUUCGUCAGACGGCCGGAGAAACUUGUGCGAACUUUUAGUCUAACUUUUCGUGAUCCUGAACAUCUGCGCAGCCAUGAAAGCUGCACGGGUCGCCUUGCGCAGCGCGGCUCCUUUGGCUGCUGCGACAACAGGUGGCGGCGGAGGUCGGGUUACUCGUGAGGUGGAAUAUUUUGCUCGCUACUCUCCGUCGCCGCUUUCCAUGAAGCAGUUCCUGGAUUUCGGGUCAACUAAUGCAUGUGAAAGAACCUCUUUUUCCUUUUUGCGGCAUGAGCUUCCUGUGCGGCUAGCGAAUAUUCUGAAAGAAAUUGACCUCCUCCCUAGUCCACUGCUGAGCACUCCUUCAGUGCAGUUGGUAAAAAGCUGGUAUGUCCAAAGUCUGAUGGAGCUAGUUGAGUUCCGUGAGAAAAAACCAGAUGACCACAAAGUUCUAACCGAUUUCAUAGAGGCCAUUGUCAAAGUCCGGAACCGGCACCAUGAUGUUGUCCCUAAAAUGGCACAAGGUGUUCUGGAAUACAGAGACUCUUCUAAAAUGGACCCAUUCACCAAUCAAAACAUUCAGUACUUCUUGGAUAGGCUUUAUAUGAACCGCAUAUCUAUCCGGAUGUUAAUAAACCAGCACACGCUUAUUUUUGAUGACUGUAACAGUUUGGGCAACCCAAAACAUAUUGGAUGCAUCGACCCUUGCUGUGAUGUUGUGGAUCUGGUGCACGAUGCUUUCCAGAGCGCCCAAAUGCUUUGCGACCAAUAUUAUUUUGCUUCUCCAGACCUGAAGCUUACUCAAGUGAAUGGAAAAGCAGCUGGGCAGCCUGUUCAGAUAGUAUACGUACCUUCCCACCUCUUCCACAUGCUGUUUGAACUCUUCAAGAACGCAAUGAGAGCCACAGUGGAACAUCAAGAAAAGAAACCUUCUCUUGAUCCAAUUGAAGUGACUGUUGUCCUUGGAAAAGAAGACCUCUCAAUCAAGAUAUCUGAUAGAGGUGGUGGCGUUCCUAUGAGAAAAAUAGAAAGACUCUUCAGCUACACAUAUUCUACAGCUCCAAAGCCUGUUAUGGACAGCAACAAUUCCACUCCUCUGGCUGGCUUUGGUUAUGGCCUGCCAAUUUCUCGGUUGUAUGCUAAAUACUUCCAAGGAGACCUCAAUCUGUGUUCCAUCUCGGGCUACGGAACGGAUGCUCUGAUCUACCUAAAGGCCCUUUCCACUGAGUCUGUAGAGAAACUCCCUGUCUUCAACAAGUCUGCUUGUAAACAUUACCAAAUAGCUGUAGAAGCAGAUGACUGGUGUGUUCCAAGUAAAGAGCCGAGAAACUUGUCAAAACAGAGCGCAGCUGCGUGAGAGUAGCGAGUGCCUGGGACAUGCUUCAGGCGAAGAACAUGAAAGGAGGUCAAGCCAGCGUUGCAGUCCAAGACAAACCAAACAAACGUUUGGACCACUUGUGUCCUACAGCAGGAUUUAAGCCAGAGACAAGAAAUCCCCCACGCAGAGCUGGACAUGUUAACAUGUGUCCUGUAGACUGUGCAUGUACUAGAUUUGUAGUACUGUAUGCCUAAUGAUGACUGGUGUGUCUAGAAAAGGAAAGGGCAUAGGAAGGGGUGGGCACAGUUCCAUAGCUAUUUGGAGAUGAAUAUAUUGAAACCAAUGUAACACUUCCAACACUCCAAAGUAUAACAACUUGAAUUAGGACUUGAUACAUUCAAAAACUAUAUAAUGAGGUUGAACUCCAGCACAGAGAAUUAACUUUUUCCCUUGGUUUUAGUAGGUGCUACCAAAUCUCUGCCGGGUGGGGGUGGGGGUUGUACACAUAUCCAUACUUGAGUGUAUAUACUUGACAUUCUGUUGAAGUCGGAAGGUCUGUGACAGCAUACUGUGUAAGCUUCAGUAGAUUUUUUUAAUGCAAAAUGGAGACAAUAACAUAGUGCCAUUUUUUUCUUCCAUAAGCCAUAUGGUAAACAUUACUUGAAUUUUUAACUUGCAGAGUAACUAUACUCAUGUGUAUAGCUACUUUUCAUUCUGAGUGAUAAGCUUUUGUUGUAGAAAAGCCUUGUAAAAUAGAAUCAAGGAACUUGGUUGGAUGUUUUGUGAAAACAAGCUUGGCACCCAUUUUUUGAUUUAAAGCACACAGCAAUAUAAGAAGCUUUUAAAAAAUCAAAAUAAACUUAAAAUGCAGGCCAUUCAAUUUGAUAUUUUGGCUUCCCCAAAAGAAACAUAUGAAGUAAAAAGAAAAGCAAGUAUAUGUUGGGAGGCAGGUUACUUCUGAUAAUGGUAGUAGUAUCAAGUAUACAUACCACAAUCAAAUUGUGAAGUCUUCGCUUCAGUAGAUAUGGAAUAUUUUUGUAUGUUUAGGAGCUUCAAGUUUUGAAUGCAAAGCUAUGUAAAAAUGUAACUUGGGAGUAAUUUGUAUCAUAAGUAUGUGAUGAUAACCAGUCUUGGAGGAUGUUGUACCUGCCUUAGAACGAAAAUAUGUAAAUGAAAAAUGGGAAGUGUUGGUAUACUAUUUCUGUGUAGCGCACGGCAGAAACAAUGCUUCCUUGUUGAAAAACAGUUAUUGGGGAGAUCCAUUCCAAAUAAUUAGCACCUCCAUAAAGGAGUUUGCCAAGGGCCCAGUUUGUGACAAUAUAGGUCAUCCAUUGUUUUUGUAAAAAGGCACUAAUAUGCUAAACAACUAAUCCUAGCGUACUUUGAAAAGAUUGCUUCAUAUACAAGUAAAUAUAUAAAGAUUUAGUGUUUGUGCCAAGUUGUAGCAACUCUAUGGCUGAUGUUCACUCUUUCUGUGAAUAUCAGGUUCAGUUGAAUAGGUAAUCCCAGCUAUGUGAGGCCAUUGAGUGCUGUUGGUACAGCAUAAGCUUAGCGAACGUUAUUGGAGUAUUGUAUGUUUGUUCCCAUUGCAAACUUAGUUCAGAUAUGGACAUUCUGCUAAGAUUUUGUUUUGUAAAAUGGCUAUUUUGUGUAAAUGAAUUUAUAGCUAUUGUGCUAAUUGCCAAUACAUUCUUGAGUUACCACCUGUACAGCAGAGGUAAUAUUGAGGACAUAAUGCACUGCAUGAGGUAUUAAAUUUAAGGUAUUUGUCAUUCAAAUCAACUUUGUAAAAUCAGACUCUUUUUUCCAUUCAAUGUUACCAGAACAUGGUCCGGUAACUGAUAAAUUGCAUGCACUUUGAUCUUGUAUAGCACACAAAAUCUGUAAAAAGCUAUUUUAAUCAUGUUAAAGUAGUCUGUGUUGUCAAUCUCUGCACUGUUUCUAAGACACAACAAAAUUGCCAUUGUCUUCACAUAUGUUUGUUGCAAACUGUUAACAUUAACACAUAAAGGGGAUAUUGGAAGCAUACUUGCUGAAUUAUAAGGCUGGGACUCAAACACUGCAUGUUAUGAAUAUUUUCUGAGCAAAUCAGCUUUUGGUCUGCUUUUGCACUGUGUGCACAAUGCCAAAGUUGUAUAUGUAGAGUGUAAUACAACCACAAAUGAACUUCAGAUGAUUGCCUUGUUUCAGCCACUGUGUGCCUUUAAGUUCAGAUAUACUUGAAAUGUAUUGUAUGGUUUUUCAAUUAAACAUUUUAAAAUAA